AUGCUGCAGGAGAUUCUAAUGGCCCUGGCGGGCUACCCUGGAGACCUUUUUGUCCGCGUUGACGGGGAAGCCUUCCUACGGAAAGAAGAAGAAGGGCACACGGAAACCGAGGCGGGGAGCAGGGGGCCCUGUCUCUGGGAGUCUCACGGGGCCUAUGGGGGUGGAUUCCGCGUUAAUCCCAGCCUGAGCGGCUUCAGCCAAAGCGAGGUAGAAGCUCUGGAGAGAGUCGUCGCGCCGGGAUACGAUUUAUUGCUGGUUAAGGAUUUCAUAAAGGCGGCGGAAAAUACGGGAACCUUUCCACCUCCAGCGUCCACGGGCUGCCCCCCCUUCAACGGCUCUCUCGAAUGGCACUCCGGCAGCUUAGCAGCGGUCCCAGCGUCGCAAGCAGCCGCGGAAACAUCACCCCCAGUGGCAGGAGGUUUAUACCUCGCUGCCCUGGCACGGGCCUCUCGAGAGUUAACAGAUGAGUACCUCUCUUUCCUGAUUGCAGCCGAGGAUGCAGCGCUGCAGCAGCAAGCGACGCUCCUGUCUGCUAUCUCGUUGGCUCUCGGGGACCAGCCACAGCGCAUGCGCACUCUCAGAUACAUUCUCUCACAAGUUUGUGCAAUGUCGCUUGCGGCCGCUGGUGCUGGGGGCCCCUUGCCGUGCGGCGCACUUCUGGAUAUGUUGUGGCGGGGCCGAAGCAGCGGAGAUCCAGUGGCUCGUGAGGUGUCUGUACGGGGAGCUCCCCUCUGCUGCUUCUCCUCUGGGGGGGCCCCUCUGGGGGCCCCGGCAGCCGCAGCAACCGCAGCAGCGGCAGCGGCUGGUGUUGUACUAUUCAUCGGUCGCACUACUCGAGUGCUCAGCAGAGGAGGGCGGUGGGGGGAGCGACAAAGGCAGAAAUUGGCUCCUAUUGCGCGCCAACUGCGUGAAGCCUUCAAUCACCCCUCGUCACCUGCCGCAGUCAUUCUCCCCUGCUUAAAGGCACUUAGGGCAGUUGUGAGCAGCUCUUCUGCACGGCCUCACAAACGCGUGGAUGCGACUGUGGCGGAGGCGCCAGCACAAAGAAGCUUCUCGUAUUCAUUUCUUGACUCGCCUUUUGAGGCAGCCAGUUUCGCGCCUGCUAUGGGGAGCGUUGGCGGAAGGCGGCCAUCUUUUCCACAGCCUUAA